AUGCUCAAAAUGGCUGCUCAAGGCUGGUGGGACGAGCUGAAAACAAAUGGUGUUGGUCCGUCCAAUACGUUAACUGAAGAAUUGUGGGACAGACCCAAUAAACAAAUUGGUCACUAUACACAAAUGGCUUGGGAAACAAGCUAUAAACUUGGGUGUGGUGUAGUAAAUUGCGCGAGUAUGACAUUGGUUGUCUGCCAGUAUGGACCGGCCGGUAACUACUUCAACGAACCUAUCUACACUAUUGGUGAUCCAUGCACAUCUAACGCCGGAUGUCCAUCAGGAAAUACCUGCAGCGUAUCUGAAGGGCUGUGCGUCGUACCCUGA